AUGGCUUAUCCAGUUCAAUUGGGAUUUCAGGAUGCUGCUUCCCCCAUCAUGGAAGAGCUCCUAUACUUUCAUGAUCAUACUUUAAUAAUUGUAUUCCUAAUUAGUUCUCUAGUUCUCUAUAUCAUCUCUCUAAUACUCACCACCAAACUCAUACACACCAGCACCAUGGACGCACAAGAAGUAGAAACAGUAUGAACUAUCCUACCUGCAAUCAUUCUAAUUCUUAUCGCCCUCCCAUCCCUACGUAUCCUAUACAUAAUGGAUGAAAUCACUACUCCUUCAUUAACCCUUAAAACCAUAGGUCAUCAAUGGUACUGAAGCUAUGAAUACACAGAUUACGAAGAUCUGUCUUUCGACUCAUACAUAGUUCCAUCAUCGGACCUCAAGCCCGGAGAACUUCGUCUGCUCGAAGUAGACAACCGAGUUGUACUACCUACAGAACUAUCAAUUCGAAUACUUAUCUCUUCAGAAGACGUAUUACACUCAUGAGCCGUACCCUCACUAGGUGUAAAAACAGAUGCUAUCCCGGGGCGCCUAAACCAAGCAACCUUAAUGACUUCGCGUCCUGGCAUCUAUUAUGGCCAAUGCUCAGAAAUUUGCGGCGCAAACCACAGCUUCAUACCCAUCGUACUCGAGCUAGUCCCCCUAAAACAUUUCGAGGAGUGAUUGUUAUCUAUAUUUUAA